AAUAACAAAAUUUGUCUUUAAAUUUAAUUUUUUAUUAAUUUUUAGAAGAAUUUUGAAUGAAAAAGACAAUAAAAAGUGAUGUUCUCGUCAAAAUUGGAAAUUGGGGAUCAAUGUCGCACUUGUUUGUCGACAAAAGAGCCUUUUUUGUCCAUUUUUGAGGAUAAUUUGUGUGAAAUUUAUCAGGAACUGACUCGUCUUGAGGUAACUAAAGAUGAUAAUUUUUCAAAAGAAAUUUGCGUGGCUUGUGUUCAACGAUUAAAGGCUGUGAAGAAAUUCAAGAAAUUAUGCAUAAAAUCGCACCAAAUAUUGACUGAGGAGGCAAAUGAGAUGAGAAAAAAGUUAGAAAUUGAUGAAAAUGGGAGAGAUGAAGACUCAUUUCGAAUAUCAAAAGACUCUGAUAGUGAAUUUGGUGCAGCUGAAGAGUCUUUAGCAGAAGAAAUUAUAGUAGAAAAUGAAGAUUCAUCUAAAUUAUUGGACAGAAACUCGAAUUUAGUGCGAAUUUCACAUAAAGAAGAAAAGAUUUCUGUGAAUUUACCAGAAAAAGAAACAUUUUUAAGGCCUAACAAAACAGCUUCCUCAAAUCAAAAAUCAUCAAUUUCCUGUCCUGUCUGCUCCAAAGAAAUCUCUCAUCGCAACAAUCUGGACCGCCAUUUACGUACUCAUUCAAAAUUCAAACCUUUCAAAUGCGAUUUUUGCUCGAAAUCCUUCACCGCAAGAGAUAAUUUAUCGAAACACGUGAAUUCUCAACACACAAAAUCAAAAACUUACGUUUGUGACAUUUGCGCCAAAGUCUUUUAUUGCUCUGUGAAUCUCGUUGUUCACAAGAAAACUCAUUCUGCUGAUCGAUUAUUCCAAUGCAACGAAUGUCAUCGCAGUUACAAGUCGAAAAUGGCAUUGAAGGCACAUUUAUUGAGACAUUCUGGCACGAGAAAUUUCGUUUGUGGUACUUGCUCGGGAAAAUUCUUCACAAAUUCUGAGUUGAAGUCUCAUGAAAGAUUAGUUCAUCAAAAAAAUAUUAAAAAAGUUUUCGAAUGUCAGGAAUGUGGAAUGAAAUUUGUGAGGAAAUCGUUGUUGGAAACACACGAAAGAGGUCAUACAGGCGAAAAACCGUUCAAAUGUGGAAUUUGUGAACAAAGUUUUAGGAGAAAAGAUACUUUGAUGAAGCAUGAAGUCAGUAAACAUUCAAAAAAUUCUUACAAAACUUGAAAAACUUCUAAGGCUUGAAGGAAUUUUGGAAAAAUUUCAAUUUAAUGAAGUCAAUUUAGCAAAGCUAGGAAUCAACAGGUGUUUUUUCCUCGAACGUCGAGUCGAAAUUUUCCAGAUUUAAAUAAAAUACGAGGAAUUAUUCGAAUAAAAAAAUAUCUAAAGUUAUUGAUUUAAAUGUAAAGAAUAUGGAAAAAAGUAUUCAUAUGGAAUCUCAAAUACUGAAGUUUACUCAAAAAAAGAUAAUUUUUGAACUGAUAUUGACCAAA